UGACCCCGCGGGCAGUAACGUCCGGGCAGGAAGAGACCGGUAGGAGGAGGGCAGCCUCUCCUUUAAGUCCUGUCCCGUCAGGAUCCAAAAACAGUCUUGAAGAGACGGUGGGAGAGGUGGAAAUAGAUGAAGGGAAAAGAAGAAAUCCUAGGUGAUUUCCUCAUCUUAAACGCACCCUGAAGAUGAAGUCGGCGUCCUCAGGGACCGGGUCCUCCCGGCGCUGCUGAAGCAUCUCCCCCUACUUGCUGCAUCUUUCUUCCAACCCAGUGGAUCACCAGGGUUCUCGUGGCUGAUGAAGGACUCUUCAAGGGGGCUCAUUGAGGCAGUAAGAGGGUUCUUUGUGAGCAAACGCUCCAGCUGAAGACUGGGAUGCAUCAGCCCUUAGAGAAGAAGGGACCUACUGAGAGGGGAGCGAAUGAGCAGAAGACUCAGCCUGAGAAAGCAGAGUUCUCCUCCGUGUCCCACAGUAGGAAAUAUUCCUUGAUCCAGGAUCAGGCUCGAGAGUUGACCCACCUGCGGGAAAAGAUGAGGAUUGGGAAGGCUGUCUCUUCCCUUCUCAUCCAACAUGUCAAGAACACAGUGAAGACCUUUGAAGAGUUCCUCAGCAGUAAUAAGAUUGACCACUACAUGGAGCAGCAUUUCCGUGAGCAGCUGGCCAAGGGCAGCCAGCUGGCAGAGAGCCUCGCCAGCAAAUUCAACACAGAUGACUGUAUAAGUAAGAAGAAACAAAGAGAACAGGUGCUGCGAAACCUCAGUAUCUUAAGGGAGUUGCAGAAGAGGGGUAAAAUGACAGAAGUCCCAGAGACCAAGCAGGAUACCCAGCCCCAGACCAGCUCCAGCAGCCGUGCCCAGUCCACGGUCCAUCGCUUCCCUAGCAGCACCUCCCCGCUGCUUGAUGAGCAGGAAGUGCGCCCUGCAGUGGACGUAGCCAAUGUCAGCCCAGCCACUCCUGCUGAUUCAGCUUCAUUGCCCAGCAACCAUUCAGAAGCCAUGUCUGCUCAGCCCUUCUAUCCUUUGAGUGGCACCACACAGCUGAGUGGGACACCAGACCCUGGGCUUCAUGGCAGCAGUGGCCCAUGGGACGAGAUGAGGCCUCAGAAGAUGAGUGCAUCUGGGAACCUAUCCUCCUUCUCCUCUUUGUACCGGCCCAACUCCAAGCCCUCUGGGGCCGACCUCCUGGAAAAGAAUCUUGUUGAGAUCCAGAACCUGCGCCAGCGCCUGGAGGAAUCCGUAUUCGUCAAUGACCGCCUGCGGGAGAGGCUGGAAUAUGUGCUCAGCAAUGCUGACCAAGGAAAAAGCACUGCACAGCCAGCUCCAGGUGUCUCCCUUAUAACCCCUCAUUCAUACACUGAGAGUCACUCUUCUGGCUCUGGUAAGGACAUCUUGUGACGUGACACCAGGAGGGUCUAGAGGAACGUUCUCCAGAUUUUCCAGCCCUAUCCAACAGCAUUCAUGGGUGUAAACCUGGAGGUAUCAGACAUUACCUUUAAAUGAAUGGAUCAAAUUAA